CAAGCUUUCAUGCAUUUGUUCCUCAAUUUUACAUCUCUAACUACAAUAACCUUUUUAGCCGUAUGUGUAGCUUGUCUUAUAGCCAUAAUCAGGUUCUAUGGCGGACUGAUUCCCAGGAAGAGAAAGAGAUACCACCCUAUAGCAGGCACAAUAGUAAACCAACUGAUCAAUUUCCAGAAACUGCACCAUUACAUGACCGAUCUUGCAAACAACCACACAAGUUAUAGAUUGCUUGGUCUCUUCAGAAGUGAGGUUUGCACUACUGACCCUGCAAAUGUUGAGUACAUCCUCAAAACAAAUUUCGCAAACUAUGGCAAGGGGUGGUUCCAUUACAGCGUUUUAUCAGAUCUUUUGGGAGAUGGAUUCUUCACCGUGGAUGGAGAAAAAUGGAAACGUCAAAGGAAGAUGGCUAGUUAUCAAUUCUCAUCUAAGAGACUGAGAGAUUUCAGCACUUCGGUCUUCAAGACUAAUUCGGUCAGACUUGCUCGGAUAGUGUCCGAGGCUGCAAUCUCAAAUCAAGUAGUGGAUAUGGAAGAUCUGUUCAUGAAAUCAACAUUGGAUAUAGUUUUCAAGAUUAUUCUUGGUUUGGAACUGGAUAGCAUUUGUGGAACUAAUGAAGAAACGACUAGAUUUUCAAAUGCUUUUGAUGAAGCAAGUGCUAUUACCCUCUACCGCUAUGUUGAUGCCUUUUGGAAGAUCAAAAGGUUCCUAAACAUUGGCUCUGAAGCAGUUUUGAGGAAAAAUAUCAAACUGGUAGAUGAGUUCGUUUACAAAGUAAUCAGAAGCACGAUUCAAGAAAUCCACAGCUCACGAGAUCAUGAUGUCCCAAUGAAGAAAGGAGACUUAUUGUCUAGACUGAUUGAAAUGGGAGAGAAAGAUAUGAAGCACAUAAAGGACAUGGUUCUAAGUUUUAUAAUUGCUGGAAAAGACACCACAGCGACCACUCUAUCCUGGUUCUUUUAUGUGCUCUGCAAGCAUCCGAACAUACAAGAAAAGGUUGCAAAAGAAGUGAGAGAAGCAACAAGCUUGAAAGAGAAUUCAAGCAUUGAUGAAGUCUUAGCCAGCCUCACCGAAGAAGCCCUCGACAAAAUGCAAUAUCUUCUUGCAACUUUGACUGAGACGCUCAGGCUCUACCCUGCAGUUCCAUUGGAUGGGAAGAUAUGUUUUUCUGAUGAUACCUUACCAGAUGGAUUCAGCCUGAGGAAAGGAGAUGGUGUGACGUACAUGCCUUAUGCCAUGGGCAGGAUGAGGGUUUUAUGGGGCGACGACGCGGAAGAAUUCCGGCCAGAGAGAUGGCUCGACCAAAAUGGCCUUUUCCUCCCAGAGAGCCCUUUCAAAUUCACAGCCUUUCAGGCUGGUCCAAGAAUUUGUCUAGGAAAGGAUUUUGCUUACAGACAGAUGAAGAUCUUUUCGGCUGUGCUUUUGAGCAGCUACAGAUUCAAGCUGAGUGAUGAAGAGAAAGAGUUCAACUAUAGGACAAUGCUCAAUCUACAUAUUGACGGGGGCCUCCAUUUGCGGGCAUAUAUUAGAUAGGAUGUUGUGGACGUUUUGUACUUUCAACCUUUUUAUUUGUUGUGCAAUUGUAACAAAA